CCGCACAGCACCAUGGACCCUGGAGACACAAGGUUAAGUGGGAAACUAACGGACAGGUUUACAGUUUACUGAGCACCGGUUCUCAGUAUCACACACCUGUUUCUGGAAAACGGAAUGCAAGGUUUUUACUGACGAGGCAUAUGCCAACAUUCUCGAGCAGGAUUUUCAUGGGACGUUUUGCCAAUACUAAGAUUCACACAGUUGGGCAUGUGGUGCAUUCAAACUCUGUGCCAGAGCACAGUCUUGGUAUGGAUGCAAGACCCUACAUUAUAUCUGGUUAUGCAUCUCACAUUGGAAAUAAUAACCAGUUGCCUUUGCAUACAAAAAGAACUGCACUUUCUUCAGAUGAAGUGCCCCAGUCCAUGCAAUAUGGGACUGCACCAACUGGCACAACUACACUGGAAGCCUCAGGGAGCUCAAGAGCAUCCAGACGCCAUAAUUUAGUUACCAGCACACCAGUGCCAAAACGAACAUCACCCACUGCAGCUACUGGAAAACCAUCCGCUAUUCAUUCUGAGGAGAAUCCGCUUCCUCAACCUAAACUUUCCACUUUGACUGGGAGUAAAACUGCUAAUAAAUCAAAACUUUUAACAAGAACCAAUUUAGCUGCACCUUCAGCUACUGUUAACAACAGAAAUACAGUAAUACAGCCUCCCUUCCAGGCUGAGGAAAGAGGAGGUGACAGUAUGAUUGGUGAUGAACCAACUAAUCCUCAAGUAAACAACAGAAACUCUUAUAAUCUGCUCCCGUAUGGAAGUGGCAGAUCUCCUCAGACAGAAACGGGCCAUGGUACAAGGUAUUUUCAUAACGGUCUGCCUGAUCUCAUACCUGAUCCAUACUAUAUCCAAGUAGCAUCUUAUAUCCAGAGAGUUCAGAUGUACACAUUAAGAUGCGCUGCGGAAGAGAACUGCCUCUCCAGUUCAGCGUACAACUCGAGAGUGAGAGACCUUGAUUACAGAGUGCUUCUCAGAUUUCCUCAGCGGGUCAAAAAUCAAGGCACAGCAGAUUUUCUCCCUGUGAAACCACAUCAUCAGUGGGAAUGGCACAGCUGCCAUCAACAUUAUCACAGCAUGGAUGCCUUCAGCAAUUAUGACCUCCUGGAUGCCUCCACGGGCAGAAAGGUGGCUGAGGGACAUAAAGCCAGUUUCUGUCUGGAGGACACCAGCUGUGAUCCAGGUGUGAGGAGAAGAUAUGCUUGCACAGCUCACAUACAGGGAUUGGGCCCAGGCUGCUAUGACACCUACCAUGCCAACAUUGACUGUCAGUGGAUUGAUAUUACAGAUGUUUCUCCUGGAGAUUAUAUUUUAAAAGUAACCGUGAACCCAGGUUUCCAGGUGCAAGAGUCUGAUUUCUCCAAUAACGUUGUUAGAUGUGACAUCAGAUACACAGGGUCGUAUGUUCAAGCAAAUAACUGCAGAAUCACAGGAUACUGAUCCACUCCGUUCAAACCUCCAGUGGUGCUGAGCUGAAAUCAUCCAAGCACGUUAUUCAGAAAAACCACAUUGUUAUGGAUAGAUUAACUUGACUUAUUUUUUACUUAAUUUUAUGUUCAGACAAUAUUUUAGUAAAGUGACUGUGACAUAUUCAGUAAAGCUAAAUGUUUAAUAAAUGCUAAUAAAGCUAUACAGUGAAUGUUUAUUAACCUUUUAUAAUUUAAGAAAGUAUUCAAUUACAUCUAUUUAUUUUUAACGCUGUAAUUUGGUGCAAACUUUGGUGCUAAAGUUUUAGUAAAACUCAAGUAAAUAAUUUAUAAAUAAUUUCUUCAAAAACUGAUUAAUAGAAUAUCUAGUGUUUCACAAAGGCGAACAGCAUUAAAACAUGUAAAUAAAGUUGAGAGC